CUGUGAGAUUUGUUGCCGAUGAAUGGGGAAAGGAGUCUGUAACCUGAUCCCUCCUCACCUACCGGUUACUGUCGACAUGUCCUACCUGUCACCUCUGUCAAGAACAGCUGUAUUCUCACAGUCGGUUCGUCUGUUGUACCUUUCAAACUGUUAGAAUACUGUGUGUUGCGUAAACCUGUGCGUAGAACUGGGGUUAAACUCCACAGCCUUUGUCCCUGUCUCUGUCUUUACCCGACAGACUGAUCCCACUUUACAGUAAGUGAGACGAACAGGCCUCUUUCACCUGAUGGUUGCUUUUGUCUCCUGGUGAUCUAAUCUUAAGACUAACGUAUAAGAACCAACUUUGAUACUCAUCUGAUGCCAUUUGUUAUUAUAUUAUUGAUAACAAUAAUAGUUAUUACGGGUUAUGGAGAUAGUAACAUGGAAAAUGGAAGACAUCCUAUUAGGAAGAAUUAAAUGUAUGAAAAUGUUUAGAGUAAGGGAAGUUAAAGCAGCAACUACAAUUUCUGGUUAAGUUUAUAAAACAUCAAGAAUCCAUCACAGGGCCCGAGUACACCCCAAGAAACAGUGUAACUCUUUGUUGCUCAAUUGUUUUUGCCAUUUCGGUGAUAUUUAGACUACUCUACCUUAAACAUAAUCCUUCAAGAGACGACUGACUUACAUCACAUUGUAAAUUCCUGUUGAGAAAUCCAAAGAUACCCAAUAUAUUGGGGAAAUAAGACAAAAGUUAAUAUUAAUAAAAUUGUUUCUGUUUGAUGGAACGGUUCAGAAAACUAAGAUUCUUACAACUUCAAAGAGUUUUUAUGAAUACAUGCGUUUGUAUGGAAUAAGAUGCAGAACAGAAAAAACUGAAUUUGAGAUAUUAUAUUUGAGUUAAUUCAACAUGUAUUCCUAAUUAGAUGUAAUUCUUCUUCAGUGAGUCAAUGAGUAUCAUCCAGCGGAGGAUAUAACACGUCUUCUAUGCGGCUGAAGAGAGGCCCAGAUGCUUCAUCAUGGAUCAGCUACCUCCCCACCAGAGCUCAGCUGCAGGUCUGCAGGAACCGGACAGCGAGGAACUCCAGCUCCGGGUGGACUCCUUCAGGAAGCUGGGUUACUCCUCAGAGGAGGUCCGGUCCGCUAUGAGGAAGCUGGGGCUCAGCACGGACACCAACUCGGUGCUCGGGGAGCUGGUCAGGAUCAGGACCAGCAUCGCACCCGGCAGUUCUGACGGAGAUGAGAGGAGAACCGCACUAAAGGACCCUCUGCUGCCCCCCAGCUGGGCCCUUGGAUCCAGAAUCACGACAAAACUGGGGCACCAGAAGAAUACAGAGACAGAAUUGAGGCCUAUUGUCAUUGACGGCAGCAAUGUUGCCAUGAGCCACGGCAACAAGGAAGUGUUCUCCUGCCGAGGCAUCCAGCUGGCAGUGAACUUUUUCCUGGAUAGAGGCCACAGCUCCGUCACCGUGUUUGUUCCCACCUGGCGAAGGGAGCAGCCCAGACCCGAUGCCCCCAUCACAGAUCAACACAUCCUGAUGGAUCUGGAGAGACGUAAAAUAGUUGUGUUCACGCCGUCGCGGCGAGUUGGGGGCAAGCGAGUGGUCUGCUAUGACGACCGCUUCAUCGUGAAGUUGGCGUUCGAGUCGGAGGGAGUGAUUGUAUCCAACGACACCUACCGUGACCUCCAAGGAGAAAGGCCUGAGUGGAAGAAAUGCAUCGAGGAGAGGCUCCUCAUGUUCUCCUUUGUGAAUGACAAGUUCAUGCCCCCUGAUGACCCUCUGGGUCGCCGUGGCCCCAGUCUUGACAACCUGCUGAGGAAGAAGCCUCUGCCUGUGGAGACAAAGAGACUGCUCUGUCCUUAUGACAAAAAGUGCACCUAUGGCAUCAAGUGCAAGUUUUACCAUCCGGAGCGAGCCAACGGGUCCUACCUCUCUCUGGCUGAUGAGCUGAGAGAGAAAGCCCAGAUCUCUUCUCCAAAAGAAGAGAAAAAUGUCUCAUUAUCACACAGACAGCUGCAGCCUGAAACGGGACCUGCUCGUAAAGCAGCUUCUCAUCCUCGAGACCCGAACACAGAGCUUGUGAGAGAUGGGCAAAGCUCCUCAUAUCCAAGUCUCACCAGUGAAAACAAACUGUCGUACUGGGAGGAUCCUAAGAAGAGUUCAAACCAUUUGCCCCGCUCAGGUCAGACUCAGAAGGAUUGGCCUGGGCUGCACUCUGCGCCAAAUCAUUACUAUACCAACGUCUCCCACGAGUACCUGGAUUCAGGACUUGGCUCUUUCGACAGCCAGUACUCUGAUAACCUGCACAGCCACAGCAACUCCCACAGGCUCAGGUCCCAGCAGCAGAUAGGCCCCUCCUGCAGGUGCUGUUCUCACACUGUCUCCUCAGCAGCGCACCAGCAACACCACAGGAGCCUGGACUCCCAUUGUCAGCCCAGCUACCCUCACAUGUUCCCACCAGGUGCGCCACAUCAACACAGCCUCCCCAGCCCGCUCCAUUACGGUGGUGCCCCCCAACAUCAGCAAAGUUACUGGUCAGAUCCCUAUCAGGGGCUCCCCCAAGCCAGCACAUCAGGCAGUCUCCCCUCUCCCGUCCCAUCGUCAUACUCACACAACUCUCGCUGCUCCUACGACGGCCACGAGUAUCAGUCCUGGGGCCAACAGCAGCCGUCUCCUGCCGCGUUUGACCCUCAGAGGAUGGAGCUCCGCCAGAGACUGCACGCCAUCUUCAACCCCCAUCAGGUGGACAAGGUCAUGGAAAUGUUCCCUCAUCUGAUGAAUGCAGAGAAACUGGCUGCAGAGAUUCUCAGUUCGACUCAGAGAGGAACAUUCUGAGUCGAGCUCAGACCUGACCUGGUACUUGACCUAAACACUUUCUGGUGUUUCUUUAGAUGAAUGAUUAAAGCUGAAUGCAAAUAUGUUUAGUUCUGCGAAAUGAAAGGGAAAUUUGCCUUAAUAUUUAUAAAGAGUUUAGACAUUCUCAUUUCUUAAAUAUCUCAGUGAGAGCCUCCGACCUGCCUGCGGACCUUCUCCGCCUUGCCCCAAGUAUAAAGUCAGCAAAGUCUCAGAAGGAGACACGUCCUCUGCAGACAUGUCAAAUGUGAGCCUGUAAUCCAUGAUUUGGAUAAAAAAAAGUGCCUCCAGACCAAAAAUAGUUAUGACUGAGUUUCCUUAGUUCUGAUUGUUGAUGCAUAUUGUGUCAAAUGUGAUUUAUUUAAAGUUCUCAUGCGACAGGAAAUCACUGAAUAAAGUAUUAGUUAAUCUUUUAUCCGGCUGUCGCUCUCCAGGACACUCUGCUGUUCAGUAAUCUCUGUGAGGUGUGUAUUUCCACACACUGGGACCGAUCAUUGUGUUGAUUCAGUUAAUCAAUGGUUCCAGGCUUGCAUAUAGCGUUGACAGUAAACCGUGAUCCAAUAAGGAAACUGAGAAAAAGGCUUUGAUGCCGGUGAAAGGAAUUUGUUUGGCGUGUCAUCAGUCGUUUCCUGUAAGUCAGUUUCAUGGAACACUCAUAGAAGACAGUUGCUGAAACACGAUACACAUGUUUGGACUAAUGUUUGAUUGAGGAUGAGAUUAAAUAAAAACAACGCAAGUACGGAACUAAUGUUCUCUUAAUCACGGACUGUGAAAGUACACUGUGAGAUAAACAAUCAUUCUGUAUGUAUACAGGAAAAAAACAUGUCGCUGUUAAUAAACAAAUGUGUCAGAUA